AUGGUAGGGGAACGUCGAGAUGCGCUGCGCUGGGGCCGUGGCCUGGACCGCGUCGUUGAGAUCAGCGCCGCUGAUAGAGAGCAGCGUCCGCGAUGGCUGUGGUGGGCGAAUCGGCCGGCUCGACGGAGGCAGCGGGUGGUGUUGAAGGCGACGACGGGAGCUGGUCAGAUGGAGGGGGCUGACCGUUGCAGAAGGCAAGUGGUAUGGGAUGGGCGCGGAGGCGGCUGCGUAUGUCGUUGA